AUGUCCAUGAUGUUUGAAGAGUUUAUGGCGGAAAACCCAGAGAAAAAAAUGGAAGUCGAGGGAUUCGUGAUUGAUUUUCAAUCCAUUAACUUUGGCAGUGAAGUAUGGAAUGCCACGAAAGAACGAGUUGAAGCCAUAAAAGAAGACUUUGAGCUAUACUUAAAAGAAAUUUCUUCGAAAUCCAAGUCUUUCGCUUUUUGGAACACGUAUGUCUCCGACCUUUACCCAAUAGCAAGAGACCUUACGAAUUCCAUGCGUUCUGGAGACUGGACACUGUACCUUAGUGCUGUUGAAAGAGCAACUUCACUGUUUUUCUUCUUUGGCAGAACAAACUACUGUAGAUGGACACCAAUGUUUCUACAAGACUGCUAUCAACUGAAAGAUAAGUUUCCUCUCCUCUACAAAUCAUACAUAGAUGGUGGAUUUGUUAUGAACGGUAACAGGAAAGGGAGUGGAGUUCCAUUCGACCAAGCUCUGGAACAGUGUUAA